AUGGGACUAAACCUUCACACAUCAGACCCGAGAUACCUCGUGAAGUUCCACGAGCAUCAUCGCCAAAACCCACUCACAGCUAAAGCAUUCAACGAUGAAGAAUUGUUGGCACCGGAUGAGCAGCGAUUCUAUUCGGUUUAUGGACCAUCGCUCACCGCAGGACAGAGGACCAUAACUGUGAAGCAGGAUGUCGUCGAUCCAGAAGGCAAUAAGUUCACUCUGUCGAACAGCCAGACUUUCAAAGUGGUCGCUCCGAGAUUCAAUCUGUCCCCGUCAGAUGUCCACUCUUUCUGUCCUCUAUCUGGGGGAACAGUGUCCCUCAAGAUGCUGCCUCAUAUAGUAUUUAAGGAUCCGCAUCUUCCCUGGGAACGGCAAAUGGGAUCCUCUACACCGCCGAAAGACGGUUCAGAGAGGACACGCGUUCCAUGGUUGGCAUUAUGGGUGUUCCGGCCCGACGAGCUUGUCUCCCCGGGUACUGGCAUAUUCGCUGGAAAAGCGCUUUCUAGCACACGAGCUACUCGUCUUAAAGUGUCGGAAGUGAUGCAAGCAGGAACAUCGGAUAUAUGUACGCCAUAUAAAAAUAAUGAGGCCUCUCCAGACGACGAGGAUUCACAGGCGGACUUCAUAUGCGUCAACAAACAGCUAUUCCAGGCACUUUGUCAAUCUUAUAAUAGCGAUGGCAGUUCGACUGGAGAGAUCGACUUGACUUCCUACGGGUAUCUGGCGCAUGUUCGGAAGGUGGGCAGUGAAGCCCUAAAGGCUGCAGCAGCGUCUGUGACAAAUGACUGCUUCAGUGUGGUCAUUACAAAUCGCACUGGAUCUUCACAGAAUCAAGACUCUGGAUCUCUGGGUGCCGUCGCUCAUCUUGUGUCUCUCGAAGGCAUCGGCCCGAGUUUCAAACCAUCGUCUGACGCCGAGCCGGUGGUUAUCUGCUCGCUCUUCAGCUGGACAUUCAAUUAUACUCUCCAGGACGACCAAGUUGAGUUUGAGAAUGCCCUGAGAACAAUUGGCACGCCUACCAGUGGACUCGAAUGGCUACGGCCAAGCCAGGACAGGUAUGCCAGGCUGCUGAACGCCCAAGAGGUUGACAAGCAGCGUGUGGGCCAGCGCAUCAGGGACGGCUAUUCAUUGACUCGAUAUCGAACCAUCUCUGGAGAAGAAACACUUGCUCUCCAGCGCGGCGUGCUCAUUCCCACCCUUCCUUCACCCAACACUGCUCUCAAUAAGCCGAUUCAUCUGUUUUCAACUCAACUACAGAUCCUAGAUACAGAGAUUGGCUUAGUUGACAACUCGUAUGCCGCCGCUUGGAACUUAGGCAAAGCAAAUGCUCUGGCUGAUGAGAGGUUUUUGAGCGCACUCGUCCGGCUUCGAACCACUAUCUACAAGCGAGCAUUGCUGGCUGCGAAGGCAGAAGUCAUGGGAAGCCAAGAUGAGGCGCCAGCAGUCUUGGAACGCUUAAUAUCUGCAACAGACUCGCUGUUAAAACUGUCCGAUGCCAAGAAGGAUAACAAGUUGAAAUGGUUCAGCGACGUUCCAGCUGAGACAGACGAAAGCUUAAGCAUCUGGGGUAAAGAGAUGAGAGGCAACUUUGCUGUUGCCGUGACAGCAGAGAUAAACAAGUUGGCUCAGGCUUUUUCUUCUGCGGAGCUUUAUGAUGAGCAGAAUGAUCCCUCAUCGUCUGACUGGGCUGCGGUUAUUGCUUGGGUCUGUGAUGCGUUGUUUUUGGCCAACAUACCUUGGUACCAUUUGUUCAUGGAGCCAUCAAAUCUGCCACCGAACUCAGUUCGAUUCUUCUACGUUGAUCCAACUUGGUUAAACGCAUAUCUAGACGGUGCACUGAGCAUUGGAAACCAUGUGGAAGGCGACCAAGAUUCGGUCAGAGCGGCCAUCAAGCUUCAGCUGCAGAAGUUCUUCAGAAUGAAGAAUGCAAAAUCAGGGUACCAGCCACAGGUCCCAAUAUCAGGCCUCCUCCUUCGAUCACCACUCGUCGCAGACUUCGAAGAUCUGGGUAUUCAAGCGCCUCGAAGACCAGACGACUCUCGGGUCACAAUCUUGAGACGAGUCAAAUUGGCUCCUGAUAUCUUGUUGGUGUUGUUCGACCGGACACUGACCAAUGACGAGUUCCCUCAAGGGAUUGAGAUAUGUCAACCUCCUCACGAACAGUGCUUUCUGGCCUACACAGGAAAGAUCGAGAAUGGAAAGAUCGAGAUGGCGUACAGGAACAUCACCACUAAGCCCGCCAGCUCCGACAAUGUGCCCAUGACGCCAAUUGAUACACGUGUUUCGAAACCAGCAGAAAUGAUUCUGAAUAGUCAAUACGGCAUCAUCCUGGUGGAGAACCUUGCCAAGGAUGUUUACGACUUCCUCAUACAUCGCACAAAUACCACAUUCUCGGAAACGGCACCCUCAUCUGCACUCCUUGCUCUUCAUUUGUCCUAUAUGUUGGUAAAAUUACGCCUGACACUCCCAGACCCUGAUCCGGCCCAUGUUGUGGGUGACUUUGAAAUCACUAUGCUCGAGGUUCAAGACCUACAAGGUUUAGGGUCACAGUAUCGGAAGCGAGAAAAGGACUCGAGAGACAAUAUACAGAUGCUUCUCUACAAUGCCACACCAAGGCUAUCCGAUGAUACUCAAGAGUCGAUCUAUCCAAGUCCUCGACCUCCACAUUGGUCGAUGAUCUCGAGAACGGCACUUGAUGAUAGGGACAAGUUGGACUCAGAUACUGGCACUCAAACACCUGCAUCCUCUCUGCCCUCCGGGUCUCAGUAUGUCCUACAAGUUUAUGCCUUGGGCUACAAAGCAUUCAAUGAUCCGUCUGGGGCUCAGACCAGAGUUCCGCAUGACGCCAAAGGACCAUUGAACCUCGUAUUUGGCAUUCAGAGGCGGCAAAAAGAUGCAGGCACGCCAUAUACACUCCGCAAGAUGGCAAUUCACAUCCCAUCUGGAACAAGCGGCUCUGUAAAUUCUUUCCUCCUUGGAUAUGAAGGACCAGGGGCAUAUAUGGCAAACAACAUUCGGUACAUUCCAGGAAUCAGCUGUCCGCCAGCCGCAAAUAACGAGGCGUCUGAAGUGAUUGUGAACCUGACACCACGAAGCAAGGCGAACAUCACCACAUCUCCGAAAAGUUGCCUGACCACGUUCAACAGAGACAUGACGUUUGUUUUGCGACAAGUGUCCUUGACCAAUUUGCCUCCAACCUUGAAUACCGAUUUCGCUAUCAAGAUGAACGAGUACUAUGCAGACAGCCCAAUGCCGAUCACAUCAACAGCGCAGGUGAAGCUUGUGGAUACCAAAGACUUAUAG